GCCCAAUAGGAGCUCCCACUGAAGCCUCUCCCUUCCUCGUAGCAGUCGUCCUCCGUGCUCCCCGGGCGGCGGCGCACAACACCUGUUCGAUGGAACGCCGCUCCGGGGCGGGAAGCUUCGACCAUGGCGAGCGGGGAGGACCGCAUCAGCGCCCUCCCGGAGGACAUCCUCCACCACGUGCUCCGCCUCCUGCCGGCUCAUGAGGUGGUGCGGACGUGCUUGCUCGCCCGCCGCUGGCGCGGCGUCUGGAGGUCCGUGCCCACCCUCCGCUUCACCGGGGCCAAGGGGUGGGGCAGCGCCGACAUGUUCGCCCAAUUUGUGGACCACUUGCUCCACCUCAGGUGCGAGGGCGACGGUCCGCCUCUGGAUUCCUGCGAUUUCGACUUUGAUUCCGACGGAAUCAUGCUGUUGCCCGCUAAGGAGUGGCAUGCGAGCAACUGGCUCUGGAAAGCCCUGCCUCGUGUUCGGGCUCUCCGGCUCCGGCUUCGUAUUGUCGACGAGCAGGAAGCCUUGCCACUAUCUUAUAUGCAUCUCUUCUCCCAGCACCUCACGAGAUUAGAGCUUGUUGGUGUCUCUUUCAACAACAGCGUCGCUGAUUUUUCAGGCUGUCCGGCAUUGGUGGAACUGAGUAUGGAUACUUGUGACGUCUUUAUGAAACAACUGCUGUCUCCAUCCUUGAAACAUCUGCGAAUUGCCCGCUGCUAUAUUUCUGAUCGUUACCGCAUUCUUAUUUCUCUACCAAAUCUUGUUUCGCUUGAGUUGAUCGAAUGCCACCGAGGAAGGGUUCCAUUGCUUGGAAGCUUGCCGCGGUUAGCAAGAGCUGUUGUGGUGCUUAACGAGCAUUGUGCUGAUCAAUGCUCUCAGGAUCAGCUUGAUAGUUGUGGUGCUGAGAGAAGAGAUAUUUGUUAUGGUUGUUAUUAUUAUUAUGGGGAUCCUGCACAUGGGCCUCAUUAUGACCGCAACGACUGCAUCUUUCUCAAAGGUUUGUCAGAAGCCACAGACUUGGAGUUGUCAGCUGAUUCUGUUGUGACUGUUCUCAACAGGGAUUUGAAGUGGUGCCCUACAUUUACCAAGUUAAAGACUUUGCUACUAAAUGAUUGGUGUUUGGCUGCUGACCACAAUGCACUAAUUUGCUUUCUCCAACACUCACCAAUUUUGGGGAAGCUUACCCUUCAACUUUUUGAGGGACCUUCAUAUGUAACUGAAGCAGAAGGAAUAUACAAACCAUUGGGACAGUCAGUUGCAUCCAACUGUCUUAAGAUUGUUGAAAUCAAAUGUGCAAAUGUUGAUAAAAAGGUUCACCAAAUUUUGAAGAUACUGACUACUUAUGGCAUACACCUUGAGCAAAUUAGUGUCCAACAAACUAGCAGAAUUCCUGGAUCUGGAUGUUUCAAUUUUGUUUGCACUGGUUUCAGCUAAAACUAGAGGUACAAAUGACGUCAUACUGGCUAACGGCAAGAAGCUACCCACGUUCUCAAGGCGGCCAGCUCCACCGGAGGAGAGGAGCUGCUCAUGGUCGUUCACAGGGCCCUUGUUGCUGCUCACCAUCGUCCCAAAGCCCUAUCCCUUUUGUACUCCAUACCACUCCUCUGCUAAACAAUUUCCCGUGGCUCGUGAACUUUGUCGAGAGUUAUUCUAAUUUUCUGAGUAUGUGAUAAAAUGGAUGCAUCAAUCUUAACAUUAGGUUCAGUC